AACAAACAUCAAGAACAGCAUGAGUUGAGGGAAUACUACUCAUCCCAUUGCCAUUCCUACACCAAUCUUUCCUCUCCUUUUGCAUGUCAAUUCUGUAGGAAGACAACCCACCUGAAGCUGUGGCAUGCCACUGUGCUCCCUUGCCUUCCAUUUCUUAGGCCAAGCAUUCAUUGGUCUGGCUAUAUGAGAAUUCUACGCGGCGGAGGGGGCAACACAGCUCUACUGCCUUACCUCCAUCGGCCGGCUUCAGUGCGCCGCGGCCUCACGACUGUCGCAGUGGUUCCGGGCAUGUGCCGGAGAUGUUACUCCUCUCAUCAUUAUUGGGUCGAAGGCAAUGAUGAUGAGGGGCGGAAGGAGAGCGUGGUGGUGGUCAUGGGCGCCACUGGGACGGGGAAGUCGAAGCUGUCCAUCGAGCUGGCCACCAGGUUCUCGGGCGAGGUGGUGAACUCCGAUAAGAUUCAGGUGUACCGGGGGCUUGACGUCACCACCAACAAGAUGCCCGUCGUGGAGCGCUGCGGUGUGCCGCAUCAUUUGCUGGGAGAGGUUGACCCAGCCGCGGGCGAGGUUUCGCCGGCGACGUUCCGGGAGAUGGCUGCCCGCGCUAUUGCCGGGAUUACCGGCCGCGGCCGGCUGCCGGUGGUGGCCGGCGGGUCCAACUCCAUGGUACAUGCUGCCAUGGCCGGUAGCUACGACCCCGAGCGGAGUCCAUUCGCGGCGGACUGGCGGUGGAGGAGGAAGAGAAGGGAGGGGGCGCUGCGGUACCGAUGCUGCUUCCUGUGGGUGGACGUGGAAGCGGCGGCGUUGGCGGAGCAGCUCGACCGGCGGGUGGAGGAGAUGGUGGCGGCUGGAAUGGUGGAGGAGCUGGGCCGAUACUUCGCGGCGGAGGUGGAGUCGGACGCGGGGGAGCUAAGACACCCGGGGCUGGCCAAGGCUAUCGGGGUGGCGGAGCUCCGGGAGUACUUCCGGGGGGAGGGGCGGGGGACGGCGGCGGCGUACCAGGCGGCGAUGGCGGCCAUCAAGGCCAACACGCGGCGGCUGGCGGAGGAGCAGGUGCGGAAGAUCGAGCGGCUGGAGCAGAUGGGGUGGCCGCUGCGGAGGCUAGACGCAACCGCGACGGUGACAGCGCGUCUCGCCGGGUCAGCUACGGAGCAAGCUGAGGCGGCGUGGGAGAGGGACGUGGCGGGGCCCAGCUCUGCGGCGGUGGAGCAGUUCUUGAAGGAAGCGGUGGAAGGCCACCACGCCGUGUCUUCUCAUCUGAUUUAUAGUUGAGAUUUUGGUCGGCUGGUGGUUCUUUCCACACACACUCUCUCUCUCUCUCUGUCUUCCAAAAUAACAGAAGAAAAGGAAAGGUGUUUAAAGAUCGAAGCUUUUCUUGUUUUACUGGAGAGAGAUUUCUCGCGGGCUGGACGAGGGAAUCGGUGGGGAAAGAAGGAGACGCCAGUCGACGACAACAAGGUCGGCAAAGGGCCUAAUCCGGCUCGGUUUGGGCCGUCUGAGAUAAGCUCGGACCAACCGGUGCGGGGCCGCCUUCGCAAACUUGAAAUGCCCGGCUCACAUGAUCUCAGAGUCGAAAUGUAGGGGAAUGAACAGGAAUCACCAUUAUCUUGAAUCGUCUCCCACUGCAUGCUGUUGUCACCGAUGGCUUCUUUCUGCUCUCUCUCCUCCUCCUCCUCCUCGUUAAUCUCA